ACAGUAGGAGACGCACACACAAUGUCACCACUGUUCGGCAAUGGCAAGCUAAUCAAUCAGAUUCAUAAACAUUACAUAGAAACAAACUUUCCCGCAGAAAACCCUCAUAGUUUUCAAAUACUUUCCACAAUAAGAUAUGAUCCAAAGUUAACAGAACACCCACCACAAACAUAUCAAGACGUCAGUCCAGACAACUUCUUCUUGCUUCCUGAACACGUCGAAAGAUUAAAAUUCACAUUGAACUAUUUCCAUCUUCAAUUUAAAACAACAAUUCAUUUUGAAAUUACCAAAGAGCACCUCGUCCAAAACAUAGUCCAAGUUAUGAAAAAUGACGCCAAAUCAGUCAACAAACCUUACAAGAUUCGAGGAUUGUUUGAUCUUGAUGGAAAGGCAACCAUCGAAGUUCAUGAUACUCCAGCACGCGAGAAUCUAUUGGAUGGAUUGACACAAGAACAACCGAGCUACGACGUGUACCUUGACACUCAAGCUACUUUGAUAUCUCCAUUCACGUCAUUCAAAACUACAAAGAGAGAAGUUUACAGCCAAGCCAGAAACAGACGUUUACCAGGUUUGAAUCCAGGCAAGGAAGAGGUUUUAUUGUACAACACACAGAAUCAUGUCAUGGAAGGCUCUAUAACCAACGUUGCCAUCAAGCGAGUCUCCGAUGGGAAGUGGAUAACACCUUUGUUAAGUUCAGGCUGUCUCUGUGGAGUCACUCGACACUUUCUAUUACGUAAGGGCUUCAUUGAAGAAGAUGUUAUUAAUCUUGAAAUGCUAGUGCCAGGGAUGGAAAUUUUGUUAUUCAAUGGAAUAAUGGGUGUAGUAAAAGGGGUUAUUCUAGGAUAAUCUAUAUACACACUAUUUAAGCAACUGGUUAAUUUCCUCAUCGGUAUAGCCCAAUAUAUACAAAACAUCUUGUAAGCUAUCAGUAUUCAAACAAGCAGGAGCUUCCAAUUGAACCUUUGGUUUGGCGUUCCAGGCAAUUCCAAACCCACCAGUUCUCAUCAUUUUCAAAUCGUUAGCACCAUCACCGACAGCAACAGCAUCCUUGGGGUCAAUACCAUGUUUACCGGCGAUUUCCAAGAGUAAUUCGGCUUUCCUGUCUCCAUUGACAAUAGUGCCGAUUGUAGUACCAUCCAAUCUUUUGUGCUCGUCCACACCCAAAGUGUUAGCAUAGGCGUAAUCCAAUCCUAAUUCUCCUUUGACGUACUCGGCCAAUGGAAUAAAUCCACCAGACAAGACAGCCAUGGUGACUCCUAACCUUUUCAAUGCCUUGGUCAAUUCACGCACACCUUUAGUAAUGACAAUCUUUUCCUUCAACUCCUCCCAGAGGUUAGUAGCAUCAAUGCCCUUCAACAAUGCCACACGUUCAGCCAAACUCUGAUUAAAGUCCAACUCCCCGUUCAUAGCCCUAGUGGUGAUUUCGGCAACCUUAUCUUCGAUAUCGGCGUACGCUGCGAUUAACUCAAUGACUUCUUGGUAAAUCAAGGUUGAAUCCAUGUCAAACACAAAGAGUUUCUUGUUUUGACGAGUGGCACUAGGUUGGAUGAUUAUAUCGUAUGGUCGGCCUGUGCUUGAUGAAAACGUCUUAAUGGUAGAUCUAGCUUUGUUGAGGUCAGAUAUGUCAAAGUAGAAAUCAUGGGCACGUGGUGAAAGUCUCUUAUCGGUGUAUGAUUCAAUUGACAAUUGGUCAAUUAACAAUGUAUGGGUAAUUUCAUCAAGAACAACUUGAGAAAGGGUAUGGAAAUGCGAUAUUACCGUGAGUGUAGUAGACAUGGUGUUUGAAUAGUGGACUAACAAGAGUCAAAUUUAGAGUUUUGAAAAUUUUCUAAAUUGAGUCACACCAGUCAGAAAAGAUACGAGAAGG